AAACGGAUGUACAAAUCAAAUUGCCUUGUUUUGCCUGAUAUCGUCUCCGUCCCUUCGUCUCUGUCCACGUCUGGGCAACAUGAACAGCAAGACACAAACCAGCCCCCAAACAGAAGAGUAGGGCAGAAAGGAAAGCCUUCCGAAUAAGAAGGACUGUAUUCUAUUCUACAACGCUGUAGUCAGUCCUCUGCCUCACUCACUACUGAAAGCCCUGGCUGCCCUGUCUUUCGACCCUCCUGCUCACACUAUGUAGUAUACAACACACCGACAGAUGACAGACAAACGGAAGACAGACAGAUGGAGAGGCACCGGAUUAGACAGACAGACAGAGAGACAUACAGCACCCGGCCACGUCGGAUCCUGCAGUUUGCACGGCGAUGAAUGCGUACCGGACAGGACGCCACGUCUCGUCGCCUGCUCGAUUGACCGCCUACCAGCCGCCACUGGCCCCUCCCCCGUCAUCGACGGAGCCCCCUCCAAAGCUCCCCGAUGAGCUUGUGCCGCCACCCCUGUCAUCAGAAUCGCCCCUGCACGAGCACAUCACAACCGAAUGAACAUUACUGCAUGAAUGCAUUUGUGCCUGCCUACCAUCCGCGGCUGACGCCUCUCCCGCCCUUGAACCAGCCCCCUCCAAAGCCGCCCGAUGAGCUCGUGCCGGGAUCAGAAUCAUCGCGGCGAGUCGGUUCUUGGCGGCUUUCAAGGCCUCGAUUUGUUCCUGCUCGGCUAUGAUCUCCUUGCACCGUUGGAUCUCGUUUUGCUUUGCCAGAGUAGGUCCUGCCUCCCGAUGAGCUGAUGCCACCAGAAUAGCCACCACCACCAUUAUAGUCGCCUCCAGAGUAGGUGGAGCCAUAGCUAUAGCUUGUGUAGCUGCGUCUGCUGCGGGUCGCCGUCUUUUUCGGCUCCUUCGGUUCAGCUGUGUCGUCGGGCGGCUUUGGGCCGCGAUGGAAGCCGCUGCCAGAGUAGGAGUGCUCAUCAAUGCCCCGUGAAGCGGCGUCAUUGUACUGAGAAGCCUCCUUGUGUUGCUCUCGGUGCGGCAGUGCCUGCCGCAGGCUGUCGGUGCGCCCCUGUAUGCGAUAGUAGCUGGGGUCAUAGCUCGGGGUAUAGCUGGAGUAGCUGGUGGAUCGGCGCCUUGGGCUCUUCGGUUGCUCUGGCUUGCCGCUGUUCGCAUACCAAAUGAUCCACCUGCAUCCAUCCAUGUAAAGGGCAGACAUGCAGAUCCCUGUGGGUGACGUUUCUGUAUCUUUUGUCCUCACAUGAUGAGGGUGAGGAUAAUGGCGGCAAUUAGAAGGGCUGGCAGUGCCUCAUCGCUGAUCUGAACACUCACGGCGAUCGCAGACUUGGACGAGGGGUCCUUCAGCUUGGCCUCCAGCAGGGUGAGGCCCUUCCGUAUGGCACCGCUGUAGUCCUCUCGUCUCAGGGCAGGCCUGCAUUCAUCCAUCCAUGCGCCAAGAGAGCCAAUCAUUGUCCCUUCAGCUGCUCCUCUAUCUCACUCAGAUCACUGACUCUCACUUCAUCGCAUCGAUGAUCGUGGUCAGGUCCCGGUUGCUCACUCGCAGUUUCGCCUGCUUUGCCGCUUGGAUAUGCACCACUCGGUCGUCUCGGCUCAGAAAGAAGAUCACCCCGUUGCCGCACCCCUUGUCGCCUACGCCCCACUGGUUGCCAAUCGAUGUCGCCCACCUACAGACAGACAUACGGCCAAGGAAACAACCAGCCGAAUGCACCAUGGACAGCAUCGACACACUUACUUCGCCGCGAGACUGUAUUUGUUUUCCCCUUCGCGCAGCAGCAUCUUUCGGACCAGUGCCACGCUGACUUGGAAGCCCCUUUCCUCUCCGUCAGGGCAGGUCAGUCUACAAUUGUCGCGGAUGUCGUUGAGAAUCCUCUGAAUCAUCUCUCGGUCAUAGACACUCGGCAGCACACCGUCAGGGUCACAUACCCAUCCCUUGUUGCGCAGGCCGCACUGCAGCAGGUCAUACUGAGGAUUGGGAAACGGGCCGGAAGGCAAGGCUGCAGACCACACCACACCACACCACACCACACCACAGCACACACGAAAUACUGUGUGUGACUCAUGGCCAGCUUUGUGGCUGCAUUCUCGUGCUCAUUUGCCGACAGCAGGGCGAGGAGGGCUGAACGGCUGAAAGUGAAGAGACGCCGGAGAGGGAGAACUUGUCGUUUUGCUCGCCGCCGUCGGGCACCGUUAUGGUGCUCUCGUCAUCCUGAACACACACGUACGUGCACAGUGACAGAUACAUCCUCUUCCCUUUGUGGGCAUGCCCACUCACCGUGGCAAUCUCUGCAGCCUCAGCAGACGAGAGAACCCUUCGGCUACCCCGCUUGCCAGCCUGGUGUCCGACCAGCCGACCCGGCUGGACAAUCGCUGGAGCCGUGAGUUUGAAGGGGUCCAGCGUCGAGAGCGACGGCCGCAUGAAGAUGCCUGGCAGUCGGAAUAAAGCGAAAAGGGAGGUGGCGCUUGCAUCACGUCGCUUGUCAAUGGCCGUUGUCGGGGGAGAGAAUCUUAUCGGCGCCACGAAGGCGCCCGGCCGGACGGCAUCUGUGCCUGCCAUGGCGAACAGUGCUGUUGUGAAGGCGUACAACGCACCCGCCAUCCUUGCUGACG